GUGGUAUUAAAAUAUGGAAUAGAAAUUUGACUCAAAAUUAAACAGCUGAUAAUGCUGUCAUCCAAAAAUCAACUUCAUAAAAUUGUUAUCUAAAUUGCAGUGUCUUUUAUAUUUUGUGUUUUAAACAGAAAGUGAUAACAUAGAGAAAGCGACACAAAAUACAGGAUGUAGCAAGACAUACAAUGCCCUCCCCACUGGAGAUGACGCUAUGAAAUGACAGAAAAAAAUGAUGAGCUUUUAUCUGAUUGUAGAAGUGAAAAGGAUGACAAAUUGAACAGCAAAUUAGAACGAAUAUGGUACAAUGUAAUAGCUGGUGCAACAGCUGGGUUUGUCUCCCGGACACUUACGGCCCCUUUGGACCGUUUGAAGACAAUGGCUCAAUUCCAGGGGAGAACAAUAAAACUAAGCGAUGGGUUUGCCAUGAUGAUAAAAGAAGGAGGAUACGCCAGCAUGUGGAGGGGCAACGGAGCAAACCUAAUAAAAGUGGUGCCGGAAAUAACGUUAAAGUUUGUAUUUUUUAAUGAGUUGCUAUGUUUAAUGCAAUCAGAUAAAAGACCAACAUUAAAAGAGACCUUAUUUGCCGGUGCCCUGACCGGAACUUUUAUUCAGGUCAUUGUUCACCCUGUAGAGGUCAUAAAAACAAAAUUAGUAUUAAGGCAAUCAUCAGAAUCUCCUCGAGUUCUUGGCCAAAUAAAGAAGGGAUAUAAAACAUACGGCUGGUCCUUUGCAUACUUAGGUUUAGUUCCUGCGAUUUUAGGAAAAAUGUUGUUCACUUCGAUCGAUUUUGCUGUGUAUCAUGCUUGUAAAAGAGUUCUACUAUCUUCUCCCGAAUCUGUUGAUAAAAUGACAAUAACGUUUAGUGGUUUGUGUUCGUCAUCUGUGGCGUUAAUUGGAGCUUAUCCCUUUGGUGUUCUAACUACCCAUAGGCAAGCCUCAGAAAAAGAGAACAUGUUGAAAUAUAUAGAGCUUUUGAAAAUCAGAGGGCCAUUUGGAAUGUAUCGAGGAUUUACAACAGCAUUGUUGAAAAUUGUUCCAUCAUAUGCGAUCGCAUAUGUCUGCUAUGAAAGUGUGUUGGAGAUAUUCCACGAAACAGUAACUACAUAAUUUGUAGGUGAUUUUUCAAAACAGCAAGUGGAAAUUAUUUUUCAGUGAUUAUCGGAACUGUUAGAAUAGUAUGCAAUUUAUAAAUUAACAAUAUGAAAUUA